AUGUGGAGACUUCAGGCCCCCGCGCCGAAAACGGCCAUGUCGCCGUCAUUCGCAGCAGUGGAGCAGUGCCAGUGGAGUUCAACUGUGGCGCUGGCCAUCGUCUCCAACUCCCCCUGCGAGGCGCAGAAGGCCCAGAGCCGGGUGGAGGACUUAGGCCUCAGACCCGAGGACUUUGUGUCCUUCGUGACCUCCGGGGACCUGGCGAAGCGACAUCUGCAGCUCCUUAUCUCCGAAGCUGCGCCGGCGCGACUGCGGUGCCUCUUUAUCUCCCACGAGGAUCAUCUACAGCGAGGCACUUGGUCGCCAGAGGAGUUGAGGAUCAUGGGCCUCGAGUUGGUCGCCUCAGCGCAGGACGCCGAUUUCAUCCUCGCCAACGGGGUGCAGGUCUGCAAUAAGGGCACGCUGAGCGAGCAGCGCUCGACCUUCGAGUCGGACGCCAGCUGGGAGGUCUUCGGCAGCGUCUUGCAGCAGGCCGCGGAGCUGCAGCGCCCGCUGAUCAUCGCGAAUCCCGACUGCGUCGUUCAUCGGGCGGAUGGCACGGCCUUCAAUUGCCCCGGCUGCUUUGCCAAGAAGUACACAGCCUUCGGGGGCAGUCGCCUCUUCGUCUUCGGCAAGCCAGGCCGUGGCUUGCCCCUGGUAACAAGUUUUCAUCGCGCUGUGUUUUUUGUGUGGGUGCUUUCUUUUUCUUCAGGCAAUCCCAAGCAACACGUAUCGGAUUUGUUUUUUUUUUUGUGGGCAGGCAAAACCAAGUAA